AUUAGGUUUUGGCAGUACUCUUUCCUCUUCACUGCAAUCCAUAUUACUCUAGGACUUCUUAGGUGCGAGCACUGGAACACGCGACCAGAAACACAGCUAGGGAGAGAUCAAAGUAAGGGAAGAUGGCAGAGCUGCAGAGGUCUUCCCAGACAUUUAGGAGGUCUGGUUCAUCUGGUCUGAUCUGGGACGAGAAGCUUACCUCUGAAGAUCAGAACCAGAGGGACCAAGGGGCAACUGGGGAGGCAGAGGUGAACAGCUUAGAUUUCAAGGAGCUGAGGCACUCCCGUAGCGUCGGGUCCAUGGGAGCUGCGCAGCGUAGGCAGUGCAGCGAUGGUGUUAGAUCCACCGACGGUAACCAGGCCUUCCGUACUCGGCAUGUUCCGCCUGCUCUUGAUCCACCUUCACCCAAGGUCGCUAGCUGCAUGUUCUGUGGAAUUUUCAGGAAGGAAGAACCCUCACAGGCUUCCAAGCCCAGAAGGUACUAGCUAGGUUGGCUAAUAGAACAUUCCGAGGUUAAUAAAGUCCAGGUGCAUCGUAAUAAUGUGUUUUUGUUUCGUAAAGAGUCAGUGUGUUUUUGUUGUUUGGACAUCCUGCAACCUUUCCUUUUUCUUCUUUAGUACAGUACGAGUAUGUGUUUUGGAAGUCACUUGCAGGUCCUUGUACAUGAUAUCUGCAGAUCUUCCAGGCCCUUCUCUUCAUUAUACCGCGUGUUUUACAUGGGAAGGUUACUACUUAUAACUUAUUACUGACUGUGCUCUAUGUUUAUGAUCUUGAUCUUCCUGUCAA